AAUUAAUGGGAUGGGCCCCCUGUUGCUGCAGCCAAGGCCUGUGAGUGGACCCUUCAAUUCGCGAACGGGCGACAAGCUAGGCUAAGCUAAUGUCGACCUCCUGAUGCUCCUAUCUGAGUGUCGAGGCCGUGGGCCGCCCAGCGCAUCUCCUGUUUUUACAUUGUGUGCGUAGCCGUUCAUUUCUCCUACAGCUAGAAGCGCAGAGAGCGUCUCGUAGCGCGUUUCAUUGCGCAUUGCCUUCACGAACCCUGGUCCCAGCUCAGAACCGCCGACUCGAAACACGCUCGAUAUCAGCGCGUGCACCCAUCUUGACCAGUCCGAGACUGGAUGCUUGCCCCAUAACGCCCACGCAAUGACGGAGGUGACAGCCACCGCCAUGGACGUCGAGAACAGUACCGCACCUCCUACCGUGGAGGCAUCACGACCGCCGAGAUCCCAUGUCGACUCCAAGCCGCUGCCUACCGACUCGAUGGUGACCGUACCGCUGUCAGAGGCCGGCACAAACGACGACGGUGUUCGAGAGUCUAUGAUACGUCCAGAUAUUAUAGUGGAGGAGCGAAGACUGUCGUCAAGACCAAGUUCAGACGAGAUCCACAAGGCAUUCGGCCGUCGUGUAAGCCAAGCCAGUGUCACUGCACCGACCUCGGGGAGCCCUACUGUAUCGAUCAGCGAUGUCGAUGCACCGGAGAAAUCUAAUCCCACACGAUCGAGGAGUGGCAGCGACAGCUCGGGGGAUGCCAAGGUUGACUGGGCCGAGCUGGAGAAGAAGGAGACCCAGCAGAGCCACGAGGGUCAGGAUGAUUCCAUGGCACUGCUCCUUGCACGCCUCGAGCAGGAGAACAAUGCCCUAAUGUCGGACUCCAAGGCAGGCAUGAAGCCCACUUUGAAGAACGCGCGCGCUCGAAGCCAAUCUCGGCCGCCCUCCUUCCAGCAGCUCAAGCGUCUCGUGCAGAACGACCCUGCAGAUGUCAGAUUCUCCCAGCUGCCAUCGCCUCCGCCGAUGACUGAGCUUGAGUUCUGGGCAGCUCUCGUCCGCGAUUACCCGCAGGUGGUACACCGGUUACCGACUUUGUGUCUGAACAAGAUACGUGGUGGUAUCCCUGCCCCGCUGCGAGGUGUCGUCUGGCAGAGUGCAUCUGGCUCUAGAGACAGGCUGAUCGAGGAUCAAUAUGAAGCGCUCUGCGGAGAGUCAAGUCCGUACGAGAACAUCAUCAACAAGGAUCUUGGUCGAAGCUUUCCUGGCGUUGAAAUGUUCAAAGACCCUGAAGGCGAGGGUCAGAAGAUGCUUGGCCGCGUGCUGAAGUGCUUUAGUCUGUAUGACAACAAGAUCGGGUACUGUCAGGGUCUAGGCUUCCUUGUUGGUCCCCUUUUGAUGCAGAUGGGCGACAAGGAGGCCUUCUGCGUGCUUGUCAGACUCAUGGAAGACUACGACCUUCGUUCUUGUUUCCUUCCUGAUCUUUCAGGUCUGCACCUUCGCAUUUUCCAGUUCCAGAAGCUGUUGAGUCAGCACAUGCCAGACCUUGCGCUGCACCUCGAGCAGUUGCAGAUCGAAUCUGCCUACCUCUCGCAAUGGUUCCUGUCGUUCUUCGCGGUCACAUGUCCUCUGCCUAUGCUUUUUCGCAUCUACGAUGUACUCUUCGCCGAGGGUGCAUCCGAAACCAUCAUGCGCGUCGCUCUCGCUCUCAUGAAGAGGAAUGAAGCCAAGCUGCUUUCACUGACUGAGAUGGAAGACGUUAUGCAGCUCCUCCUCGGCCGUCAAUUAUGGGAUCCUUAUGGCCGAAAUGCCCGUUCAGCUGACGACUUGGUCCAGGACUUCGUGUCAUUCACCAACGAUGUCACACGAGAGCAGUUGCAGGGAUUAGAGCAGCAAUACAAGGAAGCGCAGGAGAAGGAAUCUGCCAAGCAGCAAGUCAACAAAUCCGCCACAUCGUUUCUGGGCCGCUUAUGGGGCCCAUCCAAUUCAUCUACGAAGUCCGUGUCUCUCAGCCCGGGCCUAUCUGCGCCCUCACGUCCUGUCAGCUUCCUGAGAAGGACACCAUCGAAACAGAGCCUCGCUUCUACACUGAACUCCACUGCCGAAUCAGACACCUCGGCGGUGACCCAAAGUACUGCUUUGACAGAUAUCUCGCGUGCAUCCCACGCGGAGACAAUGUCGAUCAAGUCCGGACACGCCUCCGUUGCCAUGAGCAUCUCGGCCAAGGACAGAGACUUGCACUAUCAGAUCGAGCAGCUCCUCAUGUCUGUGAGUCAGCUGCAGCGACAGAAUGGUGAGCUGGAGGCUGUCCUGCAGAAGCAGCGCGAGGAUCGCAAGGAAGACCACCGUGUUGUUCGGUCUGUUGUUGAUAAAAUUCGAAAGAAGGACUCAACACUGUCCGCACCAUCAGCACGCGUGUCGAGACGAAGGACCACAAUCACAGCCGCAACCGAUGUCUCAGCCAGCAACGACUCGCCGUCAGAGCUAUCAGGAGAUGACGCGGAGAUUCUGGAAACUUUGGACACUCAAUUCCCGGUAACACAAACGCAUCAUCGCGCUUCGUCCAUGUUCGAGACCAAGCAGCUACUUCGUGAUAACCUAUCGCGGACCAAGGAACAGCUGGCUUCAGAGACGUCACGGGCUCAAGCGCUGGCUCGCGAGCUUGACGAACGUCAAUCUGAGCUCCAGGUUGCCCGAGACGCACUCAAGGACACUCGUAAUCGUCUUGCGGAUUCGUACAACCAGAACCAGAGACAGGAGAAGACGAUCAACGACCUGCGACAGAGUGCGCGCAAGGCCUCUGCGGCAGCAAGCUGGAUGUCUUCAGACGACACAUCGCCCAAUACUACCCCCACGCUGAGCAGAAGUACUACCUCUGAGAGUGUCACAAGUGGAUUGAGGGAGCUACGUCUCGGCCGAACCGCCUCACAGAAGUCGACUCGCGAACAUCCACCAUCAAUAACUUUCAAUAAGCGGUCUUCCUCGCUCAUUAUGCAGCCCGUUCUCGCAAAUGGCAACAAUGCGCCGACCGAAAACGAGCAAUUGCUGCUCGAGCUUGUCAAUGCGAAAACGGCGGAGGCUGUCGCACGGCAGGAGGCUGACGAGAUGAGAGCUAAGUUCGAGACUUUGAGGAGGACCAUGAACGCACAGCCCGCCGCGAGCGCAACAACAAGUCCGGCUGUCACUUCGACCCCUACCCCAGCUGCUGUUUCAGAAGCGAAAAAGGACGGUGCUGCAGCAGGCGGCUGGACUUGGGGAGGAUGGAAGAGGACGGUCAGUACGUCCAAUGCCAGCAUAUCGUGAGAGAUGCGCGACGACAUAAUUGGAAGAUGUACAAUAUAUGUAUGCGACGACAUAUUCAGCGAUCUGGAGGACGAUGACGAGAGAUAUAGGCGCGGCAUGCCACUACUAUUUCUCAUGUGUGAAGAUCCCUAGUGAUAUCUGUAGCACUUCAGCUCUCCCAGCAAGAGCAUGGUUGAGAGCAUAAUUUAGCAGCGUUUUGGGACGGAAAACCAAUUGUGUAUCCUCAGCGUUAGGCAUUAGAUUUCGCCUUCAUCGUCGCUUCGAAUUCGCAAGAUUCCUGACUACACUGUUCGGCGGCAACAGCCAUCGUCCACAAUUUACAUG